AUGGCAAAUACUAUUACAAAACAAUACACCCGUCUCCUUGCCCUCUGGCCCAAGGACGCUUUGCGCCCCAAUCUUCCCUUCACACGCGCAAUCGAACAUCAUGGCAAACCAUUCGGCCUGCAACCCAUAACGCCCCCUCCCGAACAAGGCGCGAAACCUCAUUCCCCUGCAUCUACAACACCAGCUGCAUCCUCACCGCCUGCGAACCCCAAGCUUGAGCAAGCCCAAGUGAACGCACUAUUUUCCUUGCUGGAGAACCGAUACAGUACCAAAUAUGCACUGUCGCCGGGUGUACUGAAGCCCACAUCUGCACCAGAGCACUACACAAGGUUAAUGGAUGAGAUUGAGCGGGCGCCCAAAAAGACGUGGGCGCCCAAAUUGAGUAUUCCCGAAUUUGACGCUCUUUCUCUCCAAGCCACACCCAUCACAUCAUGGACGACACGAGCAAACAGCAUGACGAAACUCCCACUGAACCUCACGUCUUGCCUGCUUUGCCGACCGAGCUGUGGCUCGAUAUACUCGACCAUGUGGUCACAUACGAUACUCACAUUUUUGAUCGCUCCCUUUGCUAUAUCAGAGGAAAAACGCAUGACCUUCAGAGACUACAAUGCGUAUGCAGAUCGUGGAGGGUAUUACUUUCGCCAAAUCAAUCUCAUAGUUCAUAUGCCUGACAUUGUACAGGACAUGAUGAAGCCAGCAGUGUAUCGCCAUAUAGCACUUGACCGCAACGGCAGCCUUCCGGAACCACAAGACAGUCAUGGUAUGAAAGCAGACCACAUCACAGCCCUAGCCCGGCUCUUAGAUCAAACGGCCGAUUCUGGUCUUCCUAAAGCUUCCUGGGUUCGCUCAUUCAGUAUUGAAGAAAAUACUGCGAAAUACUGGGAAUCCAGGAAAUUACGAAAGACGGCGUUGUCCGACCUAGUCUGCCAUAUGACAAACCUUCACGAAUUCUGUUGCCGCUUCAUUCUCAACUAUCACACUAUGGCAUCCAUUGCACGCUCGCACGGAUCACAGCUUACAAAAAUGGUUAUGCAUUUCGGUGCGGACAUCCAUACAUCAGAACGCCUUCUACUCUUGAACAAUUUCACGGCUCUGACAGAGCUUCGCAUUAGCGUUUCCGACUCGUGUUUAACUGAGAUCGAACCACUUGACCUGCCAAAUCUACGUUCACUCGAAUUGGUCACGGAACCGACUACUGGCAAAUUAUUGACUUGGCUCACCCACUGGAAUAUGCCCGUUCUUCCAGCUUUUGCAUACUUGAAACCACCUGAACGCCGUUCGUACGCAAUGCGCCACAAGCGUCUUCUGGCAGCCUUCAUGGCAAGACAUGGCGCUGGUUUGAAAACAGUAAGCGUUGACAGCACUGCUCCAAAACUCACAGUUUUUCCCUACACACCAUCGUUGGACAUAUAUAAGCAAGUUGAUAUACCGGAAGUCAUUGAAGGCCUUCCCAUAUCAGUGACGCAAAUUUUUACCUCCUUGUUUGGUCAGAACCUAGGUUAUCAGGUGCGGAGACUGGAGUGUCUAUUCCAGACCGUGCAAUCGCUGCCACCAGAACGCAGUCUGCAUACAAUCCGCAUGGUUUCGAGAGAUAAGUAUCUCGGUGGAUCGCCGUUUCUCUGGCGGGAAAAAAUGAAAUGGGCAGACACGAGAAGAAUAAAUACUUGGAAAGAUUUCAACAAGUAUGCAAAAGGACUACUGGAGCUGGGUGUUUCAAUGUUGGAUGAGCAGAAUGUCGUUCUUACGGACGUCCUCGAGGAGAUGAAGCCAUCACAAGAGUCAAUCUGCACGGAGCUCCUAGAGAGCGCGACUGAUGCAUUGCUGAAAUCAGCAAAAGAAUAG